AUGUCAAUGUGGAGCAGAGCUCCUGGUAUGAAAUUCUAUUGGCAGCAUCCCUUGACUGCAGCUCGUGACCUUUGCCACGGGUUUGCUAUAGGCGCUGUGUUGUGGCCGCUGGCUAUCGGCAAUGCCGUGCUUGCCAGAGUGCCAGCUUUUGUGAGCAUCAACACAAGCAUCGCUUCUCCAUUGAUCUAUUUGAUGUUUGGUAGUUUACCUCUCGUCUCUGUGCAGUCUGGAUCUACAGCCUCGCUUUGCUUGGGGGAACUCAUCGCUUCCGAGCUUCCAGUUGAUGGCACCGGUAGCGAGCUAGACGGAGAGCGGGCCAACAUGGCUUCCCUAAUGGCGGCGCUGGUUGGGGCGAUGCAUUUUGGCAUGGGGGCCCUCGACUUGGGAGCUGUAGUGGAGCUGUUUUCUCAGCCUUUGCUCCGUGCUCGCGCUGGAGCAUCAGCGCUGGUGGUGAUCCUGGCACAGGCAAAAACCAUUUUUGCAACUCCUGCUGGAAACGCGACGUCACCACUUUUGAGCUUCGUGCAAACAUGCACAAUGGUGCCUCAGCGCGGAGACCUUCCGACAUGCCUGCUAUCUUGCAGCUUGCUAGCAGCUCUAAUCAUUUUGAAAGUCAUAGCAACAUGUGACAGCAAGAAACCACAAGACCUCGAGGUCAAACACGAGAGGUGCAGAUGUUUGCUUCAAGUCCUGCGGGUGAUUGGCCGUGUGCUGAACUCCUCAGCCAACUUUCUGGUGCUUGUUGCUGGAGCAGUGGCAAGUGAUUACCUUGGCAAGAUCGAGACUCUCGACCGCUUCCAACCCCCAUCUCCGCGUCUGCCUCAGUGGGACCUACACAGGCUACCCUCUGUGUUGCCGACGGCGGCCCUGACUGCAUUCCUGUCUCUGGGGAGUCACCUGACGGUGGCAGAGCGGAUUCGACGGCCCCAGGACUACUGGAGCUCGCGACGGGAGCUUUUGGCCGUGGGCGGCUGCGGUUUGACAGCUGCUACGGUGGGUGGCAUGCCAGUGAUGGCCAACUUUGCAGUGUGCCAGGCGCUAAGCGGCUGCAGCGGACACUUGGCGGUGCUGGGCAACGCACUGGGCCACCUUGCAGCCUUCUACCUAGUGGCCGAGCUGCCGGGCUUGCGGAUCCCCAGGUGUGCAGUCUCCGUGAUCCUUGUGGUGGAGUUCGCCCCCUUGCUGAGAACCCUGCCCUCCGAGAUCGCCCACCUCUACCGGCAAGCCCGGGUAAGCCAGAGCGGUCUGCGUGUGCUUGUGGCAAGUGAUCUUGGUAUAUACCUGAUGUCAUUUCUGGCUCCUUUGCUCUUCGGCGUCGUCAACGGCUCCCUGCUUGCUGUCGUGAUUCAAGUACUGGUGUCGGUGUCCCGAUUUGCAGGCGCUGGCUACGUCCAGAUUGGCCGUGUCCCAGGCACUGACACUUAUGAUGAGCUUUCGCCAGGUUCGAUGGCUGUCGAUCUUCCGAAGAUCAUCAUCACUCGACCUUUGGGGCCUCGUUGGUUUGGAAACGCCGCUGCAAACACCAGGGCUGCCAGACGCGAGCGGCGCAAUUUGAGUAGGGAGAUACUGAUUGCCAUAGUAGAUUGGCGAAUGGUUCCGUUUCUGGAUGAAACAGCUUUGCUGCACUACACAACGGAGUGGUCGAAGCUGGAUGUGAAGGUGCUCGUAACAAAUGCAUGCUUGAGUGUUCGACGGCAGAUUCAGGGUUCUGGACUUGCUGAUGUCCUUCAGCAAUCAGAAGACACUCUUUCUGAUCUCCAUGCAGCCGUGCUUUGGGCAGAGGAACACAUCAGGCAGAUAGAGUCCAGCCGGACAACGUUUGGCGUAGUUGCGAAAGAUUGA